GACAACGGCGAAUGAGGGCACGCGAAACAGGUGCGUGCGCAGCUAGAAACAACAUGGCGGUCGAUGACCACAGCAAACGAAAAUGUGAGAGAAAGUUGGGGUAACUUUCCUUCGGCGCUAAGCCGAUUUGGAUCAUCUACAGGUAUGAUAGUUUGCCAACAAUUUACUUUGUGACAUUUGAGAGACAAGAAAGAUGUAAGUGACAAAAGAGACAGUACUUUGUCACCAUGUCAUCAGCAUUAGGAAUAUGGAAAUGUCAUGAGUGUAGCAUGACAUUUACCAGCCCUGGGCUGCUUGCAAAACACAAGAGUAAGUUUUGCCCAGGGAACACAGUAAGCCGGACUACAAGGAUACUAGACUUUUCUCCCAGGCCAGAGUCCCCAGAGUUACAGAAACAAACUUGUUCAAUAGGGGAAAAGAAUGGAAACACCAUAGUGGCUCAGAAACUGGUAAGCGAACUCCAGGCUCUAAAGGAUCGGCGAUCUCGUAUGCGAGAGGUCCGGGAUCUGGAGGAGCGGGUGCUCCUGGACAAGCUGGACAACACGGAACGUAAACUUAAUGCUGGAGUGGGAAAACACAACAAAGGAAGACUUCAUUUAUCUCAUCAUAAAGAUGUACGGCAGCUUCAGAUCGAUUAUGAGAGACUCCGAGAACGAGAACAUUCAUACCCCACCGGCAGACACAGUACUUUUUCCAUGAACAGUGACUCUAGCAUGAGCAUACACCUCCCUGAUGAAGGUGACAUCCCGAGGCGGAACCCUGACCCAGAGCUGGCUCAACUAGCAGCAAGCCAUGGCCGUCAGAUGGAGAUGCUGCAGGGACGUAACAAGGACCUUGAGAGACAGAGGGAGGAAAUCCGGCGUCGAUUAGAAGAGCUUGGACGGAAACCAGUGAGAGAAGAAGACCCAUCAAACUCACUGCUGGAUGAACUUAGGGAACAGGAGCUACGCAACCAGAGAUUGCUCGAAGAGCUGCGCAGACAACUUGCUGAAGCCAGGCAGCCCAUCAACAUCAUCGACAUAAACAUGUUGUCCCGCAAUGAGAAACUUACGUCAGACUUGCUAGAUAGAUUUUAUAAGAUGAUGAGAAAGGAAAGAGAUGAGAAGUAUGAAAAGAUUCUGUCCAGAGUUGAGGUAGGUGUACAGCCAUCUCGAGAAUUCUGGAUCGAGAAAGAGCCGUCAUCUGACAUGUCCUCAUCCUUGCAAGAAAAAGCAUCUGGAACAGAGGAAACUGAUUCACUGAAAUGUAUCACAAACGUAGCCAAUCAGCAUGAAUCAGAUAUGAACACUUGGACUGUUUCUCUCCCUGGGUCAAAUACGAGGCAAAAGACACAUCCUGGUUCAGUCCAGGGAAUGACACAUCCAGAAGCUGCCCAAAUGUCACACCCACACGGUGACCAGAAACAGCCAUUUGUGCCAGCGUUAGGAUGGAGGGAAUGUUUGACGGCUUUUAAUCAAAGAGGGCAGAGUGGCGUUCCCCAUGAUGUGACCAGUUAUGGUAAUGAAUGUGUGAUGUGCAAGGGAAGGAAUAUGGCAGGACAGUUUCAACCUGGAUUCAAGGGUUACAGAGACAAUCAAAUACACAGAAUAGCUGAAGAAAGGUACGAGCAGAAACAGAAGCAGCCUUUCACAUACCCUAUCUACUAUGGCAGUUCCUUGGUGGCGGAAAUCAGUGCAAUCAGACAGGCAUACAUCCAGAAUGGUGGCCAAGAUCCUGAGGUCUUGGCUCAGCUGGCUCAGAUGUUGGCAGAGGCUCAGGCUAUAGAAGAUCAGCUACGCAAUGCUCCCAAACAAACAAAGGUUGUCAAAGAAAAGAAGACCAGCAAUGAGUACAUGCACAGCAUGAUGGCCCUGGAGAUGGAGAAUGAGAGGAUGCAGAGGGAGUUGAUGCUGUUGCAGGAGCAGAACAUGCUGGCACGCAACCGCCGCAAGGAUGAUCGUGAAGAUGAGCUCGAGCGAGAGAUCCGUCGAUUGCAGCAAGAACACCUGCGCAGAAUGUACGAGCUUCAACGCGAGAUCGAGCGCAUCCGUCAGGAGCAUUAUCUGCACUGUCACCAGCACCAUCAUGAAGUUGUGGAGAAUCCAACCAAAGUGAUCAUCGCUCAGGCACCACCCCCACCCCCGCAGAUCAUCCAGCAGGCCGCCGCACCCCCACAGAUCAUACAGCAACCCCAGGUGGUACAGCAACCCCAGCAAAGAUAUAUGGAGGUUGAGCAAGUGGUUCCCUAUGACCAAUAUGCUGGCUUUGUCAUCUUCUACGACUUCUUGCUGAACCUGGAUACCAAGAUAACAGCAGCCAGACUCAUUGUGGGCCUUCACAGCAGCACAGCCAAAAUGGGUGAACCAACAUACCUCCCCAUGGUGUACACAGAACCGGCCACCAGACAACACCAGUAUGUCGACAUCAGCAAUGCUGUGAUCGGUGCCAGACAGCCUGUUCCAAGAUGUCCUCCCCAUCAAGACCUGGGUAUUGUGGUGGAGCUGCAGUGCCAGGGCGGCCCAGCGUCAGACCACGACACACAGCGACUCAUCACACGGGCGUGGACCAAGAUUCCACUGUUUGAUUCUAAUGGCAAACUGCAAGCUGGCAGAUUCAAGAUUCCAUUUAGGAAUGUCCCAAUCAAACCUUUCAUGACCUUCACCGAACUCAACACAGUACCUCCAUAUGCCGAUGCAGAACUCUUCUAUCGUAUCGUCCACAUGCGUGAUGUGCCGUCUCAGUCUCAGUCUACCAUUGCCGCCAACAACAGGGAUCUCUACAGUCUGGCUCCCCAGGGAGGGAUGAUCCUGCAUCAGCUCCCUGUAUCUCCCCACCAAAUCCCCCCACCCCCCUCGGCCUCACCCCCUCUAACCCCCAACUACCACUCGCCAAGAAGAAGCAGCCGACAGCAGGAGAUCUUUCCGCCUAUUAGAUCGGGGGGCACGCCCCUGGAGCCCACCCUCGGGUUCCAGGUGGACCGCAUCAAGCAUGCGGACUCUGGGGAGGGCAAGGUCAGACUGACCGCCUACUACAAGUCUACUGGGAAGGUUGUACAAUCCAGCACUAGUCCUGUGACCUGCAGUACGACGGCUGUACGCUCUAACUUCAAGCAUGGCUACCACGUGUUUGGUCAGCAAGAAGCAACAUUCCAGGAUGUAGCAUUCCAAGGGGACAUGAUUCUUAUCGCUCGAUUCUAUCUACGAAAGAAACUCGGAGGUUAUGUGGAUGACCUUUACCUUGAGCCUCACUCCCAGGAGGCAUCUCUGUAUGACGAGGAGGCUCUAAUUGCAUGGACAGCGAUCCCACUAGUCAUCUCACACAUCAGAGAUCUCUCCUCUCGAGAGCGCCGUGAGUUUAACCCUGCUCUCAUGAGGAUAAACAAUGGCACACACACACUCAAACUCUUCGCCCCACCGGUACCCGAGGCAUCUCGCCUCCCACUGGAAGACUUCAGUUUACAUGAUUAUAAAAGAUAUGGCCGUGGAUCGUUGAGAAUUCAUAUUUUCCAUGGCAACCCACGACCUGGCUCACUGACACCUAGCGACAUUUCUGAUGAUCAGGAGGACAAUCUACCAGAGUAUGCCUGGCUGCCCUAUGAGAGGAAGAACCCCCCCACAGAACCCUUCAUGGCCGGAGAUGGCUUUGAUGUCUACAUUGAUGGCUGUCGAUACCUGCCAGACUCAGUCACAUUUUCUAAGGUCGCCGGGCGUAUCCUUGACCGUCGCUAUGACGUGCACGGCAAGGACAUCUCGACCGGGGUGAAGCUGGACAGUGACAGCUACAACCCGGUGUACGAACACAAGGAGGAGUACAGGCUGCCCACCGCUGCACCCUCCUCCACACUGCUGCUCAAGAUAUAUACCAUGGACAAGUUCUACAAGAAGCUGACUGUGGUCGGGUAUGCUACUCUCAACCUCUUUGUGGAGUCUGGGUCGGAGAGACAACCAGCUAUAGACAGACAGGGCUUACAGGUGUCCCUCAACACAGGUGCCCACCAGCUGAGGGUCUACAACCAGGGACCUAACGGUGUGGACCCGUUCUCCGACACCUCCAUGAGGACCAACAACACCAGGUUUGUGCCCUGUACCUCCAUGCUGGUCCGCAUCACCAAGGUGCCUAAAGGCCCUCAGGGAAAACCACUAGAGUGCAGCAAAGUGCCUCAAGCAGACUGGCUUCGGUUGGGCCUGUGGCAACCACGACCGAAGUACUCAGACCGUAUCUACUAUUCCAUGAAGUGUCUGCCCACGAAGGGCGAGAGCAAACUGUUCCAUAGUUUGAUGAAGAGGACGCCCAUCUCUGUGAGGCAGGCUGUGGCCAGGAACACACAGGCCAAGGAUAGCUUCCUCCGCAGCGACAAGAACAUGGAGCAGUACAUCAGGAAUCAGCUGACAAAGUCCAUGGAUACCAAGCCUCUGGAGCAGGACCUCAACUUCAUCGCUGAGUACAGCCCCAAGCAUGGGGUCAAGGUGGCUUUAGACAGCGCUGUCAAUCUGCCGUGGUCCAACUUUACCCACUGUCACAUGUGUCUCAACCCACCAGGAGCAUUCUACUUGGGAACACCACAUGCAACCUAUGACAAGUUGACAUUCACAGAAAACCUUGACCUUCGUAGCACCAAUACGUCACCUGCCUGGAGAGAUGGGUUCAAGCACUUUCCGCGCCGCUCGUACCAUCGGUUCCUGACGGCCGUGAUCCACCUGCAGGAGGUGUUUGUCACUGUCUCCCGGGACAACUACAAGUAUGGUCUACUGGAACAGGCAUGGACAGCAGUACAGAUGUUCAAGGACAAGUAUGCCUACACCACAACAUUCCAGCUGCCACUGUUUGCUGGCUCACCCUCCCCACAGAUGCUCAAACAGAUGGCUCGGGAGCCGUGUCGGGAGUGGAUGGAGAGGAACAUCAGGAACAAUACUAUCAAGUUGAUAGAAGGAGCAUCCAUAUUUGUGCGAGUCAGUGACGGAAGACGAGAGGAUGAGCUGAUCACUGAUAUCCCCACAAACAAACUGGUUGAGAUCAACAUGGACUACAUCCCGAACGGUGUGAAGGAGCAGUACUCCCGAGAGAGGCCUGGCCGGCCGACGGCCACGCUGGUACCCACUGGGAAAAGCCCGGAGCAGUUUAUAGAGGGCCUCAGCACCAAGUUCAAGAGUUUGGUGUACAAACUGUAUGAAGAAGGAAACAUCUCCAAGAACUAGACAUCAGAGGAUGGUGUAGACUAGAAGACUAGAUCUAGCAACAGCUGCCUUCACGGGUAGUCCAGUAGCACAGAUGUAACCAAGAUGCUCAAUCAAAACUGCCUCCGAAUCCCAGAGUUGCCAGACAACCAGUGUACAGAGGGAUAAGUAUUCGCAUGAUGUUGCAUACAACCAAAUCAUUGAUCAGAUUACUUCCACAGACAGGAAAGAGGCUUGACAAAUCAGGACAAAGUCUUGGCCGCAAAGGCUUGACAAAUCUGGACAAGAUCUUACCACAAUGUCAACCUGGGCGUACUUGAACCAUAGCAUAUGCUAAUGGUCAGUUUUUGUUUGUCAUGCAGACAACUUGGUUUUGUUCCUCAGGAACAGUUUGUGAAGCCUCUUAUGUCCUCAUCCCAUCCAGACAUAGUAUGGAAGUAAAAUGAUGGUUAGUAACCUCUCGCAAGAUCAGUCUCAAGUUAUGCUGAUCAUUAAAGGUCUUAAAAUGUGAUGCUGUUCAACAAUAUGGAUGCUGAAAGAAGAUGCUGAUUGAACAGAAGCCACAUGUUUCCAUGGAAACAGGUGUUCCUUGAUAACCAUGGUGUAUGAUGUAGAAGGUGUAGAGACUGUGACACACCUACUGGUUGUAGGUAUGGUGAUUAUUGUGUUCCGUCCAGGUGUUCUCAGGUUCAAGUCUUGCCACCACAGACUUUAGUGGGAAAGACGAAUCAAAGUGAUUUAUACACGACUGUGCAAUGGGGAAAAGUUGGAGUCUCUCAAGAUCUGAAGCUGCCGUACAAGAUUUGAAUCUCCGCUUUGAACUGACAGUAUUAUGAAGUCUUCCAGUCAACUGUGUUUUUUGCAGAAUUUGGUGCUCUGAGGGGUUGAUGCUGCCAAAUUUUAAACCUCUCACAGCAUUAGAAUUCAAGACAAUUUUAAACCGAUUUUGUUGUUUUCUUGAUUCUGAACCUUAUUUGACAAACAUUUACCUGUGUGUGUGUUUUUGUUUGUGUGGGACCAGUGGCAUUGGGAUGUUUACUGGUGACAAGAGAUCUAUUCAAUCUACAGAAGAUGUGGGAAGUGUGACGUCACUGUUAUAAGACACCAAUAGAUGCUGUUAAAUCAACAUCUGUAACUGUUGUUACACAGGAAGACCUUCAACAUCAGUUUCAGAUGGUACAGAUGACCUUCAAAUUAAGAUAUGGAGCAGAGAGCUAAAUGGUCAUCUAUAAUGACAUAGGGUUAAAAUUUAAACCAAAUAUUGUUUUCUCUUUUGGUUUGUUUAAUAUUUAUUAAUAUUUAUUUAUUUUUAAACAACUGUCUAUAUGAAGAAACAGCUGUAUAUAUAACUACAUGAUCUAUCAUGCCAUGAGGACAUUUAUGUUAUACCAGCCACCAAAUGGUGCUGACAUUUGUUAAUAAUUACAGUUUAUCUUUAAUCAGGCAACAUGUAUAUUGAAGGUGUAAAAUAUAAUAACAGUAAUCCAUGAACAGGAAUCUAUGAUUAUUAAGAUAUCAACAACAAAAAUAUGACAUAGAUUGCUGAAUGCACCCUUGAUUUGAACCAAGAAAAAGUCUAAAAUCUAACAUUAGACGAUUUAGGAUCAUGUUGCCCCAGGAAAGAUGUUGCAUUCCUCUUAGAAUUCUCUCUCUCUACCAUGUCCUGUCUUAGAUCUGUGUCUUACAUAUAGGUAUCGUAUUAAGUUCUCCGAUCUAAGUUCUCCUUCCUGACCAAAUACAACUGGAAGAGAACUUGAGUAAAACUUUAUAUGUUAGUUGCUUUGUUGCCUGUUCCAGGGCCCUGCUCCACAAAGGGAUUUUAGCGCUAAGUUCAUCAUAACUCCCAUACUUUAACAUAGGCUUACCAUCAUCGUGUUAUGGAACGGGACCCAGGUUUUUUAGAUGAUACUUUCAGUCCUUUAGCAUAGUGUGGGUUUUUUCUGAAGUAGUUUGUGUCAUGCUUUGUUAGUAUUAGAGGCCAGGUAAUUGGUAGAUCAUGUGAAUGACCACUGACAUUGUGGUAUGGUCUAACAAAGUGAUGCAGGCUAUAGUGAGACAUGUUUGCUUAUACACUGUACAUUAUAGAGAAUGUUGAAUCUGAGGAGACAGAACGCCCCCUCAUGGUACUGUUGAAUGCAAAUAGGUUCUUGUCUGCUCACACUCAUCUUUGUAUUUCUACAAAAUAUAUUAUUUCAGUAAGUUAUCCAUAUUUGCCAUAUGAAGCACCGUUCUCCCCUGGCCCAAAUUUAGACCAAUCUGUAAGUUAUCUUUAUAAGCACCCACUACAAAGCCCUAAAAUAUGACAGUCCAUAUUUUCAGGCAUAUAUAUAAGAUGUGUUACAGAAAAUGCAGCAGCGCAGGAGUACAUCAUUGACUUGUAGCUGUUAUCAAAAAGGUAUUAGUUUCAUCAACGUUUGAACUAAGUUUGUUGUGAAAACAGAUUUAACUCUUUGUGUAAGGUUUUAAUAAGUACCACCUUUGUAAUCAUUUUUAGAGCCCAGGGCGCUUAUUACAGCGAAUAUGGUAUGUCAUAUGUUUGACAUUUACUUUCUAAUGUCUGUCUAAUGUUUAUGCAUUUGUUAUUUUCUAUGUGGAAUAAAUAUAUAUAUAUUCGAGUAAUCUGUGAUGUACAACCUUCCCCCAACUUAAAAAUUAUUGUAUUUUAUAUAUGUAUAAACAGAUUUUAUUGUUAUUUGAAAAGAUAUCCAAAUGCAAUGUUGAUAAAUAUUUAUGGUUAAUUCUUAUAUAUUAUGAAAUGAUUUAAUAUAUUGUUUCUAGUGCUUAGAAGAAAGUUUUAUUCUGAAAAUCACCAAGAUGCAUUCCUGUUUGUUCAAUUACUGUUUUUCUUGUAUACUUUCCAUGUAGUCAAUAAACUGAUCUGAACUCAG